AUGUCACAAAGUCGGCCUGGGCUGAUCCCAAAUUUGCGCAUGGGUGAGGUCAUCCGCGAAAAGGUCCAAGAUGGACUGACCGGCGAGGCCAAGGAGAUCGCCUACACACAAUGUAAGAUCGUCGGCAAUGGCUCCUUCGGUGUGGUGUUCCAGACCAAGAUGGCUCCCAGCGGCGAGGACGCUGCCAUCAAGAGAGUCCUCCAGGACAAGCGAUUCAAGAACCGCGAACUUCAGAUUAUGCGUAUCGUGCGCCAUCCCAACAUAGUCGAACUUAAGGCCUUUUACUACUCCAACGGCGACCGGGUAUGUGUGACGACUCUAACGACUCUCUGGCCCUCUCCCCCGGGCGCUUCUCCCUUCCUCCCGCUGACCGUCUCUCCCCCGCCACAGAAAGAUGAAGUGUACCUCAACUUGGUUCUCGAAUAUGUCCCGGAGACGGUUUAUCGGGCUUCGCGCUAUUUCAACAAGCUCAAGACGACGAUGCCGAUGCUAGAGGUCAAGCUGUACAUCUAUCAGCUUUUCCGGUCGCUGGCCUACAUCCACUCUCAGGGAAUCUGCCACCGAGACAUCAAGCCCCAAAAUCUCCUCUUGGAUCCCAACACUGGUAUUCUGAAGCUCUGCGACUUCGGUUCGGCUAAGAUCCUCAUCGAAAAUGAACCCAAUGUUUCCUACAUUUGCUCUCGCUACUACCGUGCCCCGGAGUUGAUCUUCGGUGCCACCAACUACACAACCAAAAUUGAUGUGUGGUCAACUGGCUGUGUGAUGGCGGAGCUGAUGCUCGGUCAACCCCUCUUCCCCGGUGAGUCGGGUAUUGACCAGCUGGUGGAAAUCAUCAAGGUUCUCGGCACACCAACCCGUGAGCAAAUUCGGACAAUGAAUCCCAAUUACAUGGAGCACAAAUUCCCCCAGAUCAAGCCCCAUCCCUUCAACAAGGUCUUCCGCAAGGCUCCCCCAGAGGCUAUUGAUCUCAUUUCGGCACUCCUGGAGUACACACCCACACAACGACUGUCAGCGGUGGAAGCUAUGGUUCACCCCUUCUUUGACGAGUUGCGGGAUCCCAACACACGCCUACCUGACUCACGCCACCCCAAUAACCCCUCCAAGGACCUUCCCACCCUGUUCGAUUUCUCACGACAUGAACUUUCCAUUACCCCCGAUAUGAACGCCAAGCUGAUCCCACCUCACGCCCGCCCCGCUCUGGAGGCGCGUGGCCUCGAUAUCAACAACUUCAAGCCCCUUUCGAAAGAAGAGAUGAUGGCUCACCUCGAUUGA